CCUUUCAUCCCCUUAAUCAUCAAAGGAGCAUCCAAAUGCACUGUAAUUGCUGCUUGUGCCAAAAAGAAAAGGGAAGUUCGAACCAACAACAAAACCAGGUUCAUCGCCAGGAGAGGAAUGCCGACGAGAAUCCACAGCGACAACGCAACGAACUUCGUCGUGGCCAGCCGAGAGCUGCGAGAGGCCAGAGGAGAAAUCUUCAAGCAGGCAGAAUUGUUCGCCGCCAACAGAGGGAUGGAGUUCAUCUUUAUACCUCCCAGGGCUCCUCACUUCGGCGGGUUGUGGGAAGCAGCGGUCAAGUCAGCCAAGAACUUGAUGGUGAAAACCGUUGGCAACGCGCUCUUGACAGCGGAAGAGCUAACAACGCUGUUAGCAGAAGUAGAGGCAAUCCUCAACUCGCGACCAAUAUGCCCCGUCAGCAGCGAUCCCAACGACGGAGAGGCACUGACACCAGCUCAUCUAUUGGUCGGAGAGAUUCUUCGAGCGCUGCCCAGCGGAUUGCCAACAGACGAGUCGGCCAAGCUGUCGUACUUGAAGAGAUGGCAGCGUAUUUCCGCACUCAAGCAGACGUUUUGGCGAUCCUGGGUGAAAGAUUACGUCCAGGGCCUUCAACAGAGGACGCGAUGGUGCGAGGAAAUGCCCGACGUCGCCGUCGACAAAAUCGUCGUCGUACACGACGACAAUCUUCCGCCAAUGCAGUGGCUGACGGGCCGAAUAAUAGCCGUUAUUCCAGGCCAAGACGGCAAGAUCCGAGUAGAGGAAGUGAAGACGAGGAACGGAGUCAUUAAGCGGCCAAUUCACAAGCUAGCGCUUCUUCCGCUGGAUUGAAGACCAAGGUCCUUCAAUGGGCCCGGCAUGUUUGGCCAUUUUAAUAAUUUAUAAAAACUGAAUUUUAAAAUGAAUUUAAAAUAAUUAUAUAAAAAAAAAAUUGAAUUGAACUGCAAACCCUUGAACUUUUUGUAAAAAAUAGUAGUUUUUUACACCCUUGCCCUUUGUAAGGCUUGGGUAAUUUUGAGAAAAACUGUUAUACUAAAUAGAAAAUAAGUGCCAUUUUUAAAACUAA